AUGGACACCGACGACGACCAAGCUAUUCAGUAUUUGGAGGGCCUGCUUGGGCGCGCACUCCGGGUCCACACAACCGACAGCCGCAUGUUUGUGGGCAUCUUCAAAUGCACCGAUGCGGAACGAAACAUCAUCCUCGCAAGCACUUACGAAUACCGCUUCCCCACCCCAUCAGCCGUGCAAGCCGCCGCCAAUAGCUCACAAGGAACGUGGGAUGAGGAGCCUGCGACGCCCCCUAGCUCUAGCAUCAAGGUGAACAUGACCAGUCGGCUGAUUGGACUGGUUGUGAUUCCAGGGCGACAUAUCACGAAGAUUGAGAUGGAGUAA